AUGCUUCAUGGGAAUUGGAAGUAUUUGCGCCAGGGCGGGCGGCAGUGGAUGGAGAAGCAGGCCCGCGAUCCGUUUGUGUUGGAGGCUCGCCGACGCGGGUACGUCGCCCGUAGUGCCUUUAAACUUCUAGAAAUGGACGACAAAUUUGGGCUGUUUGCCCGAAAUCACACACGCGUUGUGGUGGACAUAGGCUGCAGCCCCGGUGGCUGGCUGCAGGUGGCACGUGAACGCUGUGGAGACCGCUGUGCACUUUUCGGUGUGGAUCUGCUGCACGUUUCCCCCACAGUAACGGGUGCGGUGUGCAUUCAGGGCGACUUCACAGACAUGGCGAUUCAGCAGCAACUUCUUUCGCGGAUGGAAAAUGUUCACGCCAAUGGGCUGGUGGAUGUGGUGAUGUCAGAUAUGUGUCUCAAUCGCGGAUCUGGCGGCACUGACGAUCGACAGAAGCAAAUGCAGUUGAAUAUGGAGGCGUUGGCUUUUGCCACUAGUCAGCUGAGAACAGGUGGGAAUUUUGUUUGCAAGGUACUUGGUACUCCAACGGCGUUUGAGGAAUUACGCGGGGAACUGCAGCGGUGGUUUGUGCGUUCGAGUCUCUGCAAGCCUUUUUCGAGCCGCCGUGGGAGUGACGAGGCGUUUAUGGUAUGCCUUGCAAAGAGAGAGACGCCACGGCCAAGAGGCUGCAACAUCGCCGAGGGUGAAACAAGAGACUUUGGACUGGAUGACUGGCCAGGCUUUCUUCGCAGACCACGGCAGAAAAGAUGA